UGCAGCGAUCCCGACAACGUAGCUUUCUGCGUGCUGGCCACGGACGAGGAGGACGAGGGGGAUAUUGCUCUGCAGAUCCACUUCACCCUGAUCCAGGCCUUCUGUUGCGAGAAUGACAUUGACAUUGUGCGGGUGACUGAUGUUGCCAAGCUGGCUGCCAUCGUGGGGCCCAACGAGGAGUCUGGGGAGCCACGGGACCUCCACUGCAUUGUCAUCACGAACCCAAGUGAAGAUGGCUGGAAGGACCCAGCUCUUGAAACACUGAACUCAUUUUGUGAAGAGAGCCGAAAUGUCAAUGACUGGGUGCCAACCAUCACCCUGCCUGAGUGAUGGUGACCGGUACUUUGGGGAGGCUGAAACUUUUGUUACAUUCUCAACGUGGCGUGGGUUCACCGAAGUGUGCAACAAGCUGCUGAUUCCAUGGAUUAGCCUGGUCAAGAGACUGGAUUAAAGUCACUCAGACUGGCAUGCAGUGCGUUCUUACUGAGGAGAAAGAACAGCUCGCCUCACCAGUGAGCCUCAGUAGGCUGCAACCGUGGAGAGGCUGACAUACCAUGGAACUGAAAGAAGUAUUGCAAGUUUCCUGGUCAAGCGGAGCUGUUUCAGAAGGCAGAGAGGAAGUUUGGGGGAAGUGGGCCAAAACUUUCUGGGAGGACUGGACAGAGUAACUCAAGGAAAUUAGGAACUGUUGAUGCUGUCUAAAACAGAGAAGAAAGUUUCAAUAUUUGAUGGACUACUAGGGACUGGUUACUAAGACAAAUACAGAGACUCCAAAGCAGACAGACCUCAACAGUCCUCUUGGGUCACUCUGCAGAACUGGUUUAAUAAUGCAAUAAUUUUUAUUAAACUAUUUGCUGCUAUUGAAGCUUUCAUAAUAAAUCUUUUGACAAUUAA